CAAUAUAAUCACAACCACCACAAAAAAAAAGUAUACCAUACAAUUCCUUGCUUCUAGUCCAAGUUUUUUUUUUUUUUAAUUUGAUCAUAUCAUUCAUCAUCUCAAUAAUAAUAAUAACCCUACACAGUUAUACUAAUGAAUUCAUCAUGAGCACUAUUUUUCUUUGAAUCAACAAAAGGGCUUUGAGGAUUAUUUUCUACCUCAUGGCAAACCAGCAAGAUUUGGCUGUUCAUUUUCCAGCACAAAUUAUUAGAAAGAAGAAGAGUAAUACUGGUGGACAACACAAAAAAGAAGAACUUGAAAAAGAGGUUGCUGAGCUUAGAAAAAUGUUGAAUCAUGAAGAAAAAGUGCAUGAAUUUCUGGAGAAGGUGUAUCAAAGAAAGGAUGAUUCAUCUUUCACCAUUCCAAAUUACCUUCCUCCUAAGAUGAAGGAAUUGUUAGGAGAACUUGCCAUGGUUGAAAAUGAAAUAGCCAAAUUAGAAGGCCAAAUCAGCAAGAUUCAAUGUGAUGUGAACAAGGAGAAAGAAAUCAACAAUAUUGAUCAUCAAGCAAAUAAGUCCAAACAAGGACUUAUAAACAACAAGAUGAAAAUACAAUGUCAACAACAAAACAAUAUAUCUUCAUAUUCUUUGCCACCAAAUCCAAAUAAAUUCAAAGGGCUAAAUGAUCAAAAAGUGCCAUUUGAGACAAAGGCAUUGCAUUUCAUUAGCAAAGCUAUAAAAGGUGAUUAUGGUCUUAAUGACUUUAGAAUAAAUAAUGAGAAAUUGUUACAACCAAUGAAGUCAUCAAAACUUAUUGUUGAUCAAGAAGAUGAAAAUCAAUUUCAUCAACAAGUUAGAACAUUUGGAGAAAGAAUUUCAAGGAAAAGUGGGAUGAUCAAGACUCCUUCACCUAUGAGAGAACCAAGAAAUCCAACACCUAGAAGAGAAAGAAAUGCAGAAAUACCCAAAUUUAUGUCCACUCCAAUGCAUGAACUUCAACCAAAAAUCAUGCAAAGUCCAAUUCCCACAGAAGAAGACACAAUUCAUAGAUGGCCACCAAAUAAAUUAUCAGAAAACAUCAUGAAAUGUUUGGUGUUCAUUUUUAUAAGGUUGCUUAGAACAACACGUGCAAUGGAGUUAGAAAAAUCAGGCCCAAUUGCUAGUAGAUCAAGCAAUUUUUCAUUGAGUUUUAGGGCCCAUGAGCCCAAUUCAAAAAAUAGUACAGGCCUUUUGAUCCAACAAAAAGAUUCAAGACAACAAGAUCCAUAUGGUAUUUUUGAUUCAGAAGAGUCCAUUCCAAGAGAUAUUGGGCCUUACAAGAAUUUGGUUAGAUUUGCUUCAACAUCUAUGGAGCCCAAAUGCAUCUCAAAUUCUAACUCCAUUCCUCUAUUUCAGAAGCUCAAGCUUAUGAUGAACAGUCUACAAAAUGUAGAUUUAAGAUUGCUGAAUUACCAACAGAAAUUAGCAUUCUGGAUCAACAUGUACAACGCUUGUAUCAUGCAUGGAUUUCUUCAACAUGGACUUCCUUCUAGUUCUACUCCAGAAAAGUUGUUGUCACUUAUGAAUAAGGCAGCUCUAAACAUUGGUGGAAAUACAAUAAAUGCACAUACAAUUGAACAUUUUAUCUUGAGAAAACCAGUAAAUUCACCUGCAAAAGAGGUGAAUCGAAAAGGUGAAAAGAAUGAUAAAGAAAAUACAGUACGUGAUCUACAUGGACUUGAAUCAUUUGAUCCAAAUGUUAUGUUUGCAUUAUGUUGUGGCACACGUUCUUCUCCCGCGGUGAAAAUAUACACAAGUGAUGGAGUUAUAGCUGAGUUAGAAAAAUCAAAAUUGGAAUACUUACAAGCUUCAUUAAUUGUAACAAGCAACAAGAAGAUUGCAAUGCCAGAACUUUUGCUAAGAAACAUGCAUGAUUUUGCUCAAGAUUUGGAUUCAUUAGUAGAAUGGAUUUGUCAACAAUUGCCUACAUCUGGUUCAUUGAGGAAAUCUAUUGUUGAUUGCUUUAGAGGACUUCAUGGUGGGAAAAUAUCAACUAUUGUUGAGAAAAUACCUUAUGAUUUCGAGUUUCAGUAUUUGUUAUCUGUAUAAAAAUAUCUUGUAUAAGUACAGAGUUUGAAUCGACAGAAAAACCUUUUUUUUUCUUUGUAAUUUCUUUAUUUCCGAUGCCUUUCAAGAUUCCAUUUUGAGUACUUAGAGAAAUAUUAUGUAAAGUGUAUGCUACAAUCAGUUCG